AUGAGAGACGUGGGGGACGAUUCUGAGGCCCUUUGGGACGCUGCCAUGGAGCACAGAGUGAAGGUGGGCAAGCAAGACUCAGUGGGUCCUGAAUCCGACAACCGUGAGAGACGUGGGGGAUUCUGGGAAGGAACCCUGCUGCCGACUGAAGAAGCCCUCAGCUCAGAUCUACAGCACUGGCAGUUCAGGCAGCUCCGUUACCAUGAGGCCGAGGGGCCCCGGGAGGUCUGCAGCCGACUCCAUGCUCUUUGCUGUCGGUGGCUGAAGCCAGAAAGUGACCCACAGGAGGAACUUUGUCCCGGGUCGCCCUCCCGCCCGGGCUCCCGGGACUGCCCGGGAGCCCCAGUCCCAGCCACCAUCGACGGGAGGGGGGAGAAAGACCCCCGGAAACCCCACUUACCGGGGAAGGAGCCAGGAGGCGCGACAGACAGAGGCCAACCCGAUCCUCUUCCGCGCACCCCGGCGAACGGACUGGAGGCCCACGUGACCGACAACGGCCCCGCUCGUCAGCUGGUACAGGAGGCGCCUUUGGACACUGAAAAGAACCUGCCUUUGAGGGAGAUGGUAGUGAAGUAUGACCAAGAUGCCACCUCACUGGGAAAGAAGCACAACUUCAUCUCUGAGGAGAAAAUAUUUUCUCGCUGCCUGCAGGUUCCGGUGUCCUUUGAGGAGGUGGUGGUGUGCUUCACCGAGGAGGAGUGGGCACUGCUAGAUCGAGGCCAAAGGGCCCUGUAUGGGGAAGUGAUGGAGGAGAAUUAUGAGACGGUGGCCUCUCUGGGUUUGGGGUGGAGGAGUGAGAAUGAGGGAGACCCAUUCACAGGUGGCCCAUCUGAAGAGGAGGAAGAGCAGAAAAGAGAAAACAAUGAAAGGAGAAGGAGCAAUUUUUCUGCUUCUCAGGGUGGUGAGAUCCAUGAAGCCCUAAUUCAAGAGCAAGUAGACCUAGGAAAGGGCCAGAUUCAGUGUCCCGUGUGUGGAAAAUGCUUCAACAUUCAAUCCAAAUUUAAUAGGCACUGGACGGUUCACACCGGGGAAAAACCAUUCACAUGCUCAGAGUGUGGGAAGAGCUUCCGUCAGAAGGACAAACUGACUACGCAUCAGCGAAUCCACACAGGAGAGAAACCGUACCUGUGCAUGCAGUGUGGGAGGGGCUUCAGUUCCAACUCACACCUUACACUACAUAAAAGGAUUCACACAGGGGAGAAACCAUAUAAAUGCCCACAGUGUGGAAAGAAUUUCAGCAUUCGUUCACACCUUCGACGACAUCAAAGAAUCCACACCGGGGAGAAACCAUAUGAAUGCCCUGAGUGCGGCAGGGGCUUUGUGAAUAAUCCUGAUCUUACAAGACACCAAAGGCUCCACACAGGAGAGAGACCUUUUAAAUGUGCUGAGUGUGGGAAACGGUUCAAUCAGAAGGAUGAAUUGACCAUACAUCAGAGAAUCCACACAGGGGAAAAACCUUUCAUUUGCUCAGUGUGUGGAAAGCGGUUCCGUGCAAAGAGUUCACUUUCUAAACACCAGCAGAUUCACACUGGGGAGAAGCCCUUCAAAUGCUCCGAAUGUGGAAAGAGCUUCCUUAAUAACAGAGGCCUUAUGAGGCAUCAGAGAAGCCACACCGGGGAGAAGCCUUUUACGUGUUUGGAGUGCAAUAAGAGCUUUUCUGAAAACUCAACCUUAAGGAAACACUUGAGAAUCCACAGUGGUGAGAAACCUUUUACGUGUUCGAAGUGUAGCAAGAGCUUUUGUGAUAACUCAGCCUUAAACAAACAUUUGAGGAUUCAUACAGGGGAGAAGACAUAUCCGGGUUUGUGA